AUGCUGGAAUGCGCGAUCCCAGAGCAUCUCCACAAGGAAAGAACAUGCCCGGUUAGCACACCGCCCAACUAUGUUCCGCCUUUCCCUGCGUAUUGCGCCAGGUUUCCCACCAAGAUGGACGAGCUCGUCAUGGCAGUUAUAGGAGCACAGUAUGCCUCUGUCGCUGGAAACGAUGGCACGGCCAUCUCUAAGCUGCAAGAUUUUGUCAAUAAAGCGCCAGAGUCAGAGCGACCGUCGUUUUGGGAAGUGGCUUCCGUUGUCGACAAGAGAGGCGCGUGCAGCAUUGCUGUCAUUGCAUACUGGCGCAGCGCAGACGUGCACAAGAAGUGGCAGCAAGAAUCUGGUUUCGAUACAUGGUGGCAGAGUCCAGACAGGGAACAAGAUGGACAUGGCUGGUUCCAAGAAGUCCUGCGUCCAACGAUCGAUCGUUUUGAGACGGUAUUUUCGAACCCCGAGAAUCCGGAAGGGGCCGCCAACAUGCAGGAGAGGAUCUCGGGCGAGAUGGAAGAACAUGCAUAUUGGGGUAGCAUGCGCGACCGGCUAGCAGCUGCUCAAGACAAUAGACUUGAUGGCCCCAAAUUGAGCUCUGCCAACAGCAGCGCCAAUGGCUCGCCUGUUAGCGACAACGUUCCAAAGCGCGUUCGUGUACCCGGCAAGCCCAACCUGUGUGUAAUUCGGUCGGGUCAGGAUUGGUCCGACACGCUACCUGAAGAACGCAACCUCUAUCUCAAUACCAUGCAUCCCGUGCUCAUGGAGGGUAUGAGGUUUCUGCGCGAUGAAGGUCGUGAAAUUGGCUGCUAUGCGAUGAAUUUGUGGGACGUCGUAGACUCUAGGUCGUUCUCAGCAAACCGUGAGAGGACGUUCGGUCUCGGUUACUUUGAUGACCUGGCAUCUCUCGAAUACUGGAGUAAGAGCCACCAAACUCAUGUCAAUAUUUUCGGAGGCUUUCUGAUGUAUGCGAAGAAGCUCAACAACGUUUUAUCGCUCCGACUGUUCCACGAGGUUUACGUGCUAGAGCCGAACCAGCAAUUCUUCGAGUACAUUGGAUGCCAUUCCGAGACGAGUAUGAUGAAUGCACAUUGA